GUUUUCUAUUUCAUUAUGCCUGGACUUUACUCUCCUUUACUCCUCCGGCUUCCUAGACUGUUGCAGAUCGGUGCACAGAGUGCUGCUCUUUGUGUGUCUCCUGUCAUUGCGCUCCGUGUUCUGUCUGUCCCAACAUCCCUUCGUUAUCGGCCAGUUACCAUGCAACAGUCAGGCACUUUCCAAUACCCGGAAGUCUUCCGCGAUGAGUCUGCAGUAGAUGACUAUCAUGGCUAUAAGAUUUGUGAUCCUUAUAAAUGGCUAGAAGACCCUGAUAGUGAGCAAACUAAGGCCUUUGUUGAAGCCCAGAACAAGCUUACAAUGCCAUUUCUAGAGCAGAGCCCUGUCAGAGGAAUAUUUAAGGACCGUAUGACAGAACUGUAUGACUAUCCCAAAUAUAGCUGCCACUUCAAGAAAGGAAAAAGAUACUUCCAUUUCUACAAUUCUGGGCUACAGAAUCAACGUGUAAUGUAUGUUCAGGAUUCUCUAGAAGAGGAACCUCGAGUUUUUCUUGAUCCCAAUAAACUUUCUGAGGAUGGCACUGUGGCUUUGCAAGGCUAUGCAUUCAGUGAAGAUGGAGAAUAUUUUGCCUAUGGGUUGAGUGCUAGUGGCUCAGAUUGGGUGACUAUCAAAUUUAUGAAGGUGUCCACCCUGGAAGAACUUCCUGAUGUUUUGAAGAGGGUGAAAUUCAGUUGCAUGUCCUGGACACAUGAUGGAGUUGGAAUUUUUUAUAACUGCUAUCCCACACAAGAAGGAAAAAGUGAUGGAACGGAAACGUCAACCAACCUGAACCAGAAGCUUUAUUAUCAUGUCUUGGGAACGGACCAAUCAAAGGAUGUGUUAUGUGCUGAAUUUCCUGAAGAGCCUAAAUGGAUGGGAGGUGCUGAGGUUUCUGAUGAUGGGAAGUACGUCUUACUGUCCAUCCGUGAAGGAUGUGAGCCUGUUAACAGAUUGUGGUACUGGGAUCUGCAAAAAACAAAUGGUAUUACCAGAAAUCUUCCCUGGAUCAAAUUAAUAGAUAAUUUUGAAGCUGAAUAUGACUAUAUCACUAACGAAGGAACAAUUUUCACCUUUAAGACAAAUCGUAAUGCUCCUAACUACAAACUAAUUAACAUAGACUUCAAUAACCCUGAAGAAUCCAGCUGGAAAGAGCUCAUUCCUGAACACAAUAAGGAUGUUUUGGAAUGGGUCUCUUGUGUCUACUCAAAGUUCCUGGUCUUGUGCUACCUUCAUGAUGUAAAGAAUGUUUUGCAGCUACAUGACCUGGCCUCUGGCACGCAUGUUAAAACUUUCCCCUUGGAUGUUGGGAGCAUUGUGGGAUACAGCGGUCGGAAGAAGGAUUCUGAAAUAUUUUAUCAAUUCACUUCCUUUUUAUCUCCAGGUAUUAUUUAUCACUGUGACCUGACCAAAGACGUGUUGGAGCCAAGUGUUUUCCGAGAGAUUACCGUGAAAGGCUUUAAUCUUUCAGACUACCAAACAGUGCAGGUUUUCUACUCCAGCAAAGAUGGCACCAAGAUACCAAUGUUCAUUGUCCACAAAAAGGGUAUUAAACUGGAUGGCUCUCACCCAGCAUUUUUGUACGGCUAUGGGGGUUUCAAUAUAUCUAUUACUCCAAGUUACAGUGUGUCAAGACUUAUCUUUGUGAGACAUCUAGGUGGCAUUCUUGCUGUUGCCAACAUCAGAGGUGGUGGAGAAUAUGGGGAAACAUGGCACAAAGCUGGCAGCCUAGGAAACAAGCAAAACUGUUUUGAUGAUUUUCAAUCAGCUGCUGAAUAUUUAAUCAAGGAAGGUUACUCCAGUGCUCCGAGAAUAACUAUUAAUGGUGGCUCAAACGGUGGCCUGUUAGUAGCUGCUUGUGCCAACCAGCGCCCUGAUCUAUUUGGAUGCGCCAUUGCUCAAGUUGGUGUUAUGGACAUGCUGAAAUUCCACAAAUUCACUAUUGGGCAUGCAUGGACAACUGAUUUUGGCUGCCCUGACAUCAAAGAACAAUUUGAAUGGUUGUACAAAUAUUCCCCACUUCAUAAUAUCAAAGUGCCAAAAGAUGAUGGAAUCCAGUAUCCAUCUACAUUGCUCCUCACAGCAGAUCAUGAUGACAGAGUAGUACCGUUGCAUUCUCUCAAGUUUAUAGCCACUCUACAACAUGUUGUGGGUCAGAUUCCAAAGCAAAGAAACCCACUUCUCAUUCACGUGGAUACCAAGGCUGGCCAUGGGGCAGGAAAACCAACUGCAAAAGUCAUUGAAGAAGUCUCGGAUAUGUUUGCUUUUAUUGCAAAGUGUCUAAAUCUUGAUUGGAUUCCAUAAGUAAAUAUAGUACCAAUAAUAAUACUAAUAAUGCAAGGGCUUUUUGUUUACUUUCCGAAAUCAAUAGAUUCAGAUUUAAUAUCAUUUUAAAGUACUUAUUAUAAAAAGUUUUUUCUCCAUCUCAAACAAUAAUAUUGUAAAAAAAAAAAAAAAAAAACUUCUUGGACCAUUAAAUCAUAUAUUACAUUGUAUUUGAUAUUUAUGACUUGUUCAAUAAAACAGAUACUUCCAUUUUAUUUUCUCUUUUAUGCCAUAAUAACACACUUGAUUUUCUUUACAUUUUACAUACGUUUUUUGUAUAAUGGUGUAGAUUUUAAAAUGCAUGGCUUAAUUCUCCUUACAACAUAACUGCAUAAAAUAUUAAACCUGGAAAACCAAAAGUUUGUCAUGCUUUUAAAAUUAAAUUACAUUUUCAACAUUCAAAUAAAUAAUCUAAAACUUUAUUUUGUAAAGACUUAAUUUUGUUUGUGCAUUGACAGUUAAAAAUUUCACCCAAUAUUCACUUGUUUAUCCAGCCAAUCAAGACUAUUACACAGUAUUUGCAAAUACUAGUUUUGCUACCUGACAGCAAGCAGAAUUUGUAGUUUUACAAUUACUUAUUUUGCAUACAAAAUAUUUUGUAGUAUUUAAAACAUAAUGCAAAUUAAUUAGGAAAUUAGUAGUAUUGAAACUGGGAUCACAAAUUUAAUAACAUAAGCAGACAGCAUUAGGGAAAGAAACAAUUAUGAGAUAAUAGCUUUUUCCUUACACUUUAAUUCAUAAACCAAGUUGUAUUAUAAACAAUGCUAAGCAUGGUUGAACUUUUUAGUUCUGCCUCAUGUAUUUUUUACAUUUUAUACAUUUGCUGACCGUGUGCCAAUAAAGAUCAAGUUUCUUAAUACAGUA